AACAGCUAGCUACCGUUAGCUAGUCAGUAUCCAGCAGCAGUCGUAGCGCAGAGACACCCGUGCUCCGUCCACAUACCAAUGACAGGGACACUAAACUUACAGAUAUGCGCCUGGACAUUGACUGAUAUUUGGCUGGCUAUUUUUUCUGUUUUUAUCGCCAAAGCUCUGUGAAGCUAUCUCUGAUCUGAAAAGCGCUGUAACUUAACUCUCGGCUAUGGAUCCUGAAAGACAGAAACGAAGAGAGGAAAUUCAGAAAGCCAUGAGCUUUAUUCAGUCAUCAUUGCCUUUCCCAGAGCCAGAGAGUUAUGAGGCAUUUCUGACCCAGUUGGUGUGUAACUUGCUGGACGAGGGCAAUUCCUGCUUUCGAGAUGGAGACUAUCGUCAGGCGACCCAACAGUAUGGGGAGGGGAUCAGUGUUGCCCGCUACGCUCAGGCUGAGGCCCUAAUCAUCCCCAGCGAGCUGCUGGAGAGCCUGUAUGUCAACAGGGCUGCUGCCUGCUACCAGACGAGGGAGUUUGAGCGUGGUGUUCAGGACUGCGACAGUGCACUGUGUGUGUCAGAAGGCAGUCGCAGGGCUUUGUACCGCAAAGCGAUCUGUCUGAGGGAGUUGGGACGACUCAGAGAAGCCUACGAAUGUGGAACCAAAUGUCUCCUCACAGCACCACAUGACAGACAGGUGACUGAACUGGCUCAGGAUCUGGCCACUAAACUGGGCCUGAAGGGCCGUAAGGCUUACGUCAGCCCACAGACGGAGUCCACGGCCACAGAAGGGGAGAAUCACGGAGAGACUUCCCCACCCACAGGAGAGAUGUCCUCCAAUGGGCUGGAAUCUCUGGGUGACAUUGGACCAGCGGACCUGGCUAAUGCGCAGUGUAUCCCUGCUCCCUUGGCCACACCCAUCCCAGUCAGCGAUGACCCAGCAUCCACUGUGGUGACCCCAUGCACUGACCUGUCAGAGAGCCCCAGCAGCCAGGGCCUGCCUCCCAUGCCAUACUCUGUCCCUGUAUCGGAGCACAUGGAUGAAUGCAGCAGCAGCGUCAUGAAGGACGAGCUAGACAGUCUGCUGGAGUGCAUCCCCAAGAAAGUCAGUGAGAGUCCAGUUCAGGGUGCUAUCCCAACCAACCUCCCCAACACAGCGGUGGGUCUCCGGCCUCCGUACUCCCCAAGCCUUCCAGCCCCGUCACCCCAGCUGCCCCCAGCCUUCUUCAGCUCCUCCAUCGGUGACAUGCCCACUCUGGAGCCCUACCCGCAGCUGGCCCAGCGGGACCAGGGCUCUACCCAGGCGCAGGACGCACUGGGAGGCUUCUCCACAGAUGGAGAAGGGAAGUCAGGAGUCGCUGCUGGCGGGCUGGAUUCGUUGUCUGAGUACACUCUCCCUGGGGGACGAGUGUGUCACAGCUUCAUCCCUGGAAUGCGCAACCACAGUGCUGCACAUGCAAAUGGUCCAGCAGGAACCAACCUGUCCCUGCUCUCCAGGAAUCCUCUGGCAGCCACACACGAGUUCCGGCAGGCCUGUCAUGCCUGUUACAGCCGAAUAGGUCCACGAGUGAUGGACUACAAGUAUCAGCCAGAGGCAGCACACCGCUGCAAGAGGGAUGUGCUGCUGUGCCGCCUCAAAAACACAGAUGACCCCACCUGGAAGAGGAUUCGGCCAAGGCCUGCACGGAACAACUUCCUGGGGGCAUUUGUACUCUGUAAAGAGGUGCAAGAGCGUCAGGAGUGCCAGUAUGGGGAGAACUGUACGUUCGCUUACUGCCAGGAAGAGAUUGAUGUGUGGACCCAGGAGAGGAAGGGAGCCCUGAGCCGGGAGCUGCUGUUUGACCCGCUGGGCAGCACAGAGAGACGGGCGCUCAGCGUCACCAGACUGCUGCAGCUCCACAUGGGCAUGUUCAUGUUCCUCUGUGAGGAAUGUUUUGAUAGUAAGCCUCGCAUCAUCAGCAAACGCAGCAAAGAAAACUUAGCAGUCUGCUCAAACCUCACAGCUCGACACCCGUUCGACGACAACAAGUGCCUGGUGCACGUGGUGAGGUCAGCCAAUGUGCGCUACAGUAAGGUGCGUCCCCUGCACCCUCUCUGCCAGUUCGACGUGUGUCGCCACGAGGUUCGCUACGGCUGCCAGCGUGAGGACAGCUGCUCCUUUGCUCACUCUGUCAUAGAGCUCAAAUGCUGGGUCCUGCAGCAGGAUACUGGUAUCACCCAUGAAGAGAUGGUGCAGGAGUCCAAGAGACACUGGCAAAGGCUGGAGCAGAACGCACAGAAGCAGCAGAAGCCUAUCCAUAUUCCCCAUCCGAGCAGCAGCAUACCUGCAGGAGGAGUAGGGGGAAUGGGAGGUGGGGGUGGAGGAGUCGGUGGAGACGGCAUGGGUGGGGGUGGUGUGGGCCCAGUGAGCGGGUUGGGUGUGGGAGGGUUAGGAGCAGGGAUGGGCCGAGGACGCCCCCUCAACCUGAAAAUGAAGUUUGUGUGCGGGCAGUGCUGGAGGGAAGGGCAGGUCAAUGAGCCCGACAAGAACCUCAAGUACUGCACUGCCAAAGCACGGCACAGCUGGACCAAGGAGCGUCGGGUCCUGCUGGUGAAAUCUUUCGAGAAGAAGAAGUGGGUUGUCGUUCGGCCUCUGCCCUUCUCCCGCACCUAUCCACAGCAAUAUGACAUGUGUGUGCAUGUGAUGAAGCAGAAGAAGUGCCACUAUAUUGGGAACUGCUCAUUUGCUCACAGUCUGGAGGAGAGGGACGUCUGGACGUACAUGAAGAACAACAGCUUGAGAGACAUGCAACAGAUGUACGAACUGUGGCUGCAGCUCACCAAUCAGAGUAGACGCACAGAUAGCUCUGCAGUGACCCCGCCCCCAGAAGACAAGCAGGUCACCAUAACAGCAGAUUACACAGAAGGCAUGGGAGGCCGGCGGUUGUCAGACGGGGACGAUCUCUGAGUGUAGCUUUGUUGACUCGAGGCAGCUGAUCGCCACUGAGCUGCAGACAAAGAGACGGGCCUGCCACACCAGCUACAACUGAACAGUCUGUCAUCUCGCCAGUCUGACCUCCUCUAACAUCUAGCCAGCAGUGUGAGAACAGAUGGACACACGAUGAAAGGGUCGACCCCACCACCACAUUAAUACACACACACAUACAAACACUUCCACACAGCACAUGAUGCACAAAUCACAGGCACCGCUUAACACAGAGAGAGAGCUUUGUAAGUGAAAAUACAGGACUUGGAUUUGUGUUUUACUGUCAUGCUGCAGUUACACUCAGCACAUUUAGGUUCCCCUUCAGCAGAUUAUACCGCAGAAAUUCCACAGACAACUAGUUUUGCUCUGACUAAAAUAAUCACCUAGUUUCCCUAGUGCUCUUUGGACUGAGUAUCUGUGUCCACCACCACCUCUUUUUAAAAACAAAAUCCUCACAGCACUGAAACAAUUCUUGUGGGCGCGCUGGUCGCAGCUCUUAAAUUUUGCUUGGUGAUAAUUUAAGAAAUGAAUUGAAGCUCGGUACUCAUACGCUAAAAGUUGAAAUUUUAACUUUGGAGUGCCAAAAACACCAAGCCCACAGUGCUGGCGAUGGCAACAGAGACUUAACCUAUGAAGCAUUGUAAAAAGAGGUUGUUGGUGGACACAAGUCGUUAAGCUGCGUAACAACCAAAUCCUCCUCUCCUUCCUUGGUGGGAAUAUUGCGAGAGGGUCAAAAUAACUUACCUGAGAUUAAUAAUUUAGAGCAUAAUUUUUUUGUUUCAAGGGGAGUUGUACUUCCCUGUUAUAUUGUCUGCCAUAUUGGUAGAAUGCUAUGAAUGUAAUGCCUGCAAGGGCCUUUAAAACUAGGAAAUUAGUCAUUUAAAACGUUGCUGUGGUUAUGGAAUGUAUGCAAGUCUACUUAACAUGCCCCAAAACAAACUUGUGUAACACGACAGCGCCCCCCCCCAAAACCCCUCUCCCCAGGUGUGAAGGCCUAUUGAUAGCUGGAUAUGUAAUCAAACCAAGCGACCCUGCAUGGGACCCGCGGAGACACGCACACACACUCACAUAAUAACCUUGUAGUUGCUGUCAGCUGACGUCCAGGUGACUCAAAACAUGCUUGAAUGUCAGCUCCUCUCAGGUUGACAUAAACACCUGUGGCUAAAGUACACGUGGCUAAUGGCUCAGAGCAGCUGUUGCCAAAGCGACCAUCAUGUACUUGAAACUAUUGGUAAGGAGCUGGCAGGUGUGAAGCUGGUGUAGGAGUCAGAGCAGUGACUGCAGCAUAUGAACAGUCCUUGCUAGAGUGGCUCUCAGCAUUAGAUCAGUUCAGACCGCAGAUGCCCAUUAAAAAAUGAUGACCUCACUUGGACUGAAGCAGAGUGAAAAUACUGCCCGUGCAGACGACUUUAGUUGUGGGAAGAAAAAGAUGAGUUUUGUAAUAGUUAAGAGAAAAAAAAGAUAAUAAACAGAGGACAAAUCUGUGAGAAAAUAACUAAUGAAAGAAAAGCAGGAUUAUUAAGAAUGUAUUUUUCUAUAGUUGAUUGUGAGAAGAUAUUUAAGAAACGUUAAAAGUAAGGGCAAGUCGCCAUUUCUUCACUUGAACUGGGGUCAUCAUUUCACUGAAAACCAACCGCGCCCCCACGGCCUUCAAACGGAAACCAGUGUUCCUCAUAUGCAUCCAGACGUUGCGUUCCUGACAGCUAACAGUAGCUCCUAAUAUUAACCUUUUCAUGACGGGGAACCUGCUAGCCUGACGCAGGGGAACUAUUCUCACCACAUAUUGUGCCUAGAAACAACACAUCAACAUGCGACACCAACACACACACACACACACACACACAAAAAAACAUGCGUACACACACAGAGGCAGGAUAUCUGUUGCCAUCUUAUUCUAGCCUUUAAUGCGGAUGGAGACACAAUGGAGGUAUGUUUAUAUUCAGAUACGUAUACACACAUAUUAUACAUAUUUACAAAUAAUGGUAUACUACUAAUAAUAAUUGAUAACUUAGCGGUUAAGCUUAAUAAAUAUAUAACCUGAAAACCUGUAUUGAUUACAUAGAAGAACUUCUUGUUAUUGAGGUAUUGCUAUAUGACAUGUAUCGCUGAACUAGAUGACUAUAGUGAUUUUUUUUUUUUUUUUUUUUUUUUUUUUUUAAAUGAUCCUUUUUAUUUUGUAAUUUUCCUUCUGUGUGGGUUGUUCCAGACAGGGUUUGUAUGGAGGGGUUGAAGCAGAUUGAUUUUUAAGGCUGAAUGUGUUGCAGUAGGGUUAAACCUUUAGGCUGAGAGCAGAGGGGAAGAAAUGGAGCGACUCGCCCAACUUCAGAGGGUAAUUUUUUUCGUUGUUCACAAGUCCAGCAGCUGAACUGGAUGUACACAUUAUGGCAUGCUCCUGUUCUGCAACACAUUUCUGUGAAGCUGCAAUUUAUAUUUGAAGUAUUCAUCUAAUUUUCCUGUCCGGAGUGACCUCGGCUCACGCUUAAAUCAACAAAUGGCUUCAAUUCCCAACAUACUGACAUUAAACUCAACCUGAACACCAUGGCUAACUGGAGCAGACGUUUAAAAAGUGUUAAAAAAGAAAGCAAA